AUGGGAUUCUCCAAGUCGCCCUCCGCUUUCCGUAUGUCGACCGAUGGCGGUCCAAGAUUGAUACUUUCACAAAAGCAUCUUGAUGCAAUGUCAGAUGAUGAUCACUUUGACGUGGCUGAAGCUGUUAAAAGGGACUACCUUCUUGAUCUUUUCGGCUUUGAGACCGCUUUCCAUGGGACUCUACAUAGCGAAAUUGUUGCUCCUGCUGUCACAGCGAUGACCAAGAAACUAGUGCCACUAGUUCCACUCAUGUCAAAAGAGGCCGCACUUGGUUUAGAAAAGGAGUGGACUGAGAAUUCAGAGUACCAUGACAUUCCUCUGCAACCCACUCUAGGCGGCGUAGUAGCCCGCCUUGCAUCUCUAGCCUUCGUCGGGCCUGAGCUCUGUCGCAACCCGACCUGGCUCGAGAUCACAGUGAGCUACACCAUCAACCGCGUCAUAGCCGUCUACAUACUUCGCAUUUUCCCUUCUUUCCUCCAGCCAAUUGUGCACUGGGUCUUGCCCCCAUGUCGCAAGCUCAGGGCACAGAUCCAGCAGGCCAGGGAACUAAUCCUUCCUGCGCUUGAACACGAGCGUCAGCAGCAAAGCAUCGGUAAAGCUAAACGUGAUCCUAGUCGGCCUUUUUCGUCACUGGCUUGGAAUGAUGAAUAUGCCGCUGGUCGACUUUAUGAUCCCACCGUCGCGCAAUUGCGGAUGAUUUUUGUCUCGAUUCAUACCACUAUAGACAUGGCAGUUAAGGUCCUUAUUCGCCUCUGCGAACAUCCCGAACUCAUACAACCACUUCGAGAAGAAAUCGUGGCAGUCUGCGGCGAGAAUGGAUUAACUCAUUCCUCACUGGAGAGACUGUUGCUGAUGGACAGUUUGAUGAAGGAGACGCAACGGCUUGAGCCCGCUUCUCUAGCCACUAUCGCGCGCUACACCCACCGCAAAACGAACCUCUCAGACGGCACCCUCGUUCCCAAGGGUACCCAAGUUGUCCUCCCGAACAACUUCAUGUGGAACAACGAAUCUAUCUAUCCCAACAACAAUAUCUUCGAUCCUUACCGCUUCCUCCGCAUGCGCGACGACCCUGAAAAGGCCAAACUCGCCUCUUUCACGCGCUCCAGCCACAUUCACACGGCCUUUGGUCACGGGAAACACACCUGUCCCGGCAGAUUCUUCGCGUCGGAUACGAUCAAGAUUAUACUUUGCCAUAUACUGCUGAAAUAUGAUUUGCAGCUGUGCGAUGGCGAGGCGCCGGCGAAGAAGUGUUAUGGGUUUGCGAUGUAUCGCGACCCGGAUGCGCGGAUUAAAGUGCGUCGACGGGGGAUGGAGGGUGUUUCUGAGGGUAUACUGGCUGGUUUUGUUGUAUAA